AUGGGUCAGGCAUUUGGUUGGAGCACCAACAUUGCCGACAUUCUCUUCACCUUGGAGAAUGAGAUCCUAUUCCAAGAUAUGUUCAUUCCUGGUCUUGGCCUCAACAUUGUCCGUUACAACGCCGGAGCCAGUUCCUGGGUCGCUGCCAAUGGUGACUAUAUGAAAGCCUCGCCAAGAAUCAAACGUUCUCGCCAAAUGGAUGCCUUCUGGACCAACUGGGACUCGUCCGAUCCCGAGUCCGACAGCUGGGACUGGAGUGUCGAUGCCAACCAGAGGAACAUGAUGUUGAUGGGCCGCGACCGUGGUGUCAACCACUUUGAGCUGUUCUCGAACUCCCCCGUCUGGUGGAUGUGCUACAACCACAACCCUUCUGGAUCAGACUUUGGCUACUCCGACAACUUGCAGAAGUGGAACCUCCAGAACCACACCGUCUACCUGGCCAAUAUUGCCCAGCACUACCGUGAUGUCUACGGCCUCAACUUCACCUCGGUCGAUGCCUUCAACGAGCCCACCUCCAAGACUUGGUUCUUUGACGGUGCCCAGGAGGGUUGCCACUUUGACGUGAGCACCCAAGAGAUUGUCAUUGAGUACCUGUACGACGAGUUCCUCGCCCGUGGAAUGGAGAAUGUCGCCGUUGCCGCCUCAGACGAGAACAACUUCCAGAGCUGCUACGACACCUGGCGCGCAUUCAGCAAUGUCACCCAGGACUUUGUCGACAAGAUCAACUGUCACGGCUACGAAUAUGGACAUGGUCCACGUGCUGGCAUCUACUACGAGGCCAACUCAACUGGCAAGGUGCUCUGGAUGUCCGAGUAUGGUGAGGGAGAUGCCUCGGGCAUGUCGAUGGCCACCAACAUGUUGCUUGACUUCACCGAGCUGCAUCCAACCGCAUGGGUCUACUGGCAGAUUCUGGAUAUCCCAGGUUGGGGCAUGAUUGUCGCCGACGACAACACCAACACCACGUCCUACCCCGUCGCCACCAAGUACUUUGUGUUCUGUCAGUUCACCCGUCACAUCCGUGAGGGCAUGCUCAUGAUUGGCAGUGAGGACCCCAACACAAUGGCUGCCUACGAUCGCGUCAAGAAGGACUUGGUCAUCAUCACCGUCAACCAUGGCACUGCUCAAUGGAUCUCGUACGACUUGUCCAACUUCCAGUAUCCAGAGGGCCCAAAGAUGGUGGACAGAUGGGUCACCAACACUGAAAGCCAGGACAAUCUUUACCAACACUAUCGCGACACCACAUUCGAGUACUCAUACUUUGAGGCAUUCUUUGAGACCAACACUAUUCAGACCUUUGUUGUACACAAUAUUACCUUUUAA